UUCUGAUGAUCCUCACAAAGACGUACAGCUACUGUUGACAAAAUAUAAGGAGGUGCCGAAGGAAGAGCCUCAAUUGAAGAUGCUCUUGCCACAUAUUACUUCGACAUUUGGUCUUGAUAAAUCUGUUUCACAAACAAUAGCUGAGUUGAAGAAGCUUCAAUCAAAUAAUAAUGCAGCAGUGGCAGAAUGGGCAAGGGAUGCCCUUCUAGGUCUUGGAAAAGGCGCUCCUUUUUCUCUUGUUCUUACUCACAGGCAUUUCUCCCAAGUUGCAUCCGCAUCUGAAAAUGGCCAACACCCUUUAUCCACAUUAAAUGGUGUGAUGAAAACUGAGUAUCGAAUAGCAUUGAGAUCUUCAAUCCGAAAUGAUUUUGCCGAAGGUGUUCGUGCUGUCUUGGUCGACAAAGAUCAGAAACCCAAGUGGAAUCCUCCAAGGUUGGAAGAUGUUGACAUGAACGAAGUGGAAUCCUUGUUUGAUACAUUGACCCCUGAGGAUGAGUUGCAGUUAUAGUAAAAUGAUGAUAUAGUCGGAAAUGGCUCCACACAGAUGCAACAAUAAAAUGAAGGAUUUGGUAUUCUCUUUUGUCUUAUGAAACAAAAUUUUGCUGAAUAAAUGAUAAUUCUAAUUAAGAGCAUGUUGUUUUUCAA